AUGGUUCUAGCUGACAUGUACACUAAACCUGGAAUUCCAUGGAAGUAUGCCCCAGAGAGACUCAAAAGGUAUAAAAGAUUAAUUUCACUUGCAAUUGGUGUUGCUUUUCCUGUGAUUAAGGAAAUUGUAACUUGUCUCCAGUCCUUGAAUAUAGUAGUGGAACCGCUUGGUUACCUAGCCUUUGUCGAGGUUUUGGGUUUAACGGAUGAUUAUGACCAGGUGGCUGCCAUUCAGUUGAGCAAACCCUUAUUGAGUGCUCCCAAAGAGUUCAGGGUCGGGUUGGGGUUUUUCCAUUUUGCUGGAUCAGAGGCUUUGUUUGAGGGGGAACCAUGUUCGAGGCCCACGGCAAUUUUGGAUGGGAGCAUUGCACUAAGUGGGCGACAUUCAACCCUCGUGUUGGACAGGGAGAAACGACAGUUAAUUACUACCAUAGGUUCGACUCCACAUACCGGCCACAUGUUCUGGUCGAAUUCAAAGGCGAAGUCUUCCGAACCAGGGGAGAUU